UAUUGUUCGUUUCUCUUCGCAGCGGCCGCAAGCGCCGACCGAGUGCCACGGAGGAUGCCGACACCAUGGACGACUGCAUGGCCGCCAUGGUCCUGAUGCGCCUGUCGUGCAGCCCAAAGUCUCCCAAGGUGCCAUCAGACGGCGCUGGAACCCUUUCCUGGACCAGCUCAAGCUCUGGGGCGUCCAGCUGGGACAGCGACCGGUCCCCACCAAGGACGGGGACCCCAUCCCCACCGGGUGGCUCCGGCAGCGGUGUCCCCGAUGCCCGCACCUUCUGGCGCAUGUCCCCAACACAGGACGAGGGCAUCGACCUCUACGAAGCCACCGGCUUUUCUGCCGAGUCCUGCUGCCCAAAGAAAAAGAGGGUGCUGUACAAGUGCAUGUGGAAGGAGUGCGGUGCAAGGUUCACCACCUGCAAGGAUGUCGAGAAGCACGUUCGAGUGAAACACCUUGGGCGAGGCGAUGAGAGUGAGGACUCGGCGUCGAGCGACCACGAGGAGGAGUUCUACUACACGGAGAGCGAGGAGGAGAACGUGGGCGAGGGAGAGGUGGAGGGCGACUCGUCCUCGGGAGGCACGCUGCUGGAGGAGAGCGGGGAGAGCCUUCCCAACAUCUACACCUCCUCGGCGCCAACCCUGAGCCACCUGGACAUGGCGAGGCCACCCCAUGAGGACCCCCAGUACCAUGUGCUCACACGGACCGUCCCAGUCCUGACGCCACCCGGCCUGACGACGGCGUCACCCAUCAACAUUCCCACGGUGCAGCGGUCCUUCUCUUGGCAGCCACACAACGGCGCAAGUGCACCCACAGCUAUGGUCUCGCCUCAAAAGUUCAUGCGCCUGAGCCCCAAGACGCUGUCGGCGUCCCCCAAGAGCUCCCCCUUGCACCGGCGCGUGCGCUCCGAGAGCCGCAAGUGCCGCAAGAUUCACGGCAUGGAGAACAAAGACAUGUGGUGCACCCAGUGCAAGUGGAAGAAGGCCUGUAGCCGCUACGUCGACUGAGGCCCCCCGGGCAGCAACCGCUCAGCUUGCUCCGCAAGUUGCGCGACAACCCCUUUCACUCACACAUACACACACACCUCUUUUGCUCAUCCUCACAUCUUUCUUUGUCUAUACAUUCGCUUGUUGUGUGGGCAUGCCCCGUUUCCGUCUGCCGCGCGGGCUGCUCGCUGUCGAUGCGGAAUUUCGGGGGGAACCCCGCAUGCCCUCGUAGGGACAGCGGUUGGGGCUUGUUUAGCAAUGAGAUAGCUUAAGUCUCCACUUCCGAAAUAUCCAUUCGAAUGAGACCCAGAACUUCCUUAUUCCCCGGUACACACGAUUGGUGCAAUAAGUUGUCAAAGUGCAACGAAAGUCGAGCGGAUUGCUGUUGCAUUAAUCCACCUUUGUCCCCCCCCCCAGGCUCCCAGGAGAGGGAGCUGCCGCACCACCUCCGAGCAGCCUGUAUCGCUGUAAAUAAGAGCGUUUUUAAGUUUAUUUUUUGUCCUCCACGACAUGUUAUUUACACCCAUUUUUCUCAUUCGUCCGUCUUGCAGUUACUAGGGCUGCAUUUUCUCCUCCAUACACAAUUACGUCUACAUUUUAUUCCGCCCGGCGGCAUAUUGAGUAUAUGUAACACCCGUAUUUCUUACAUUAUUUUGUGGAACCAUUCGCAUUUCAACCAACCUUGCAUGGUGAAUUGUUUUCGGAGGUGCGUGCACACCCAAAACAUUUUGAGUGCAAAAAACUAUAGAAUUUGAAAACGGGGACGUUGAAGACCUCCCAGGGGUUGAAUUGAAUAUUCCUUUCUCAGAAUCGUCUUCUCACGUACACGGCACAUUCACUUUCGUGUCUGAUCUCUUGCAAUGUUCGGUACCCACGCACCUCCGGCCAUUGUUCAUGCUCAGCCCGUGCCACAGAAAAGCCAUCCGUUAUUUUAUUUUUUCGGUCAGCAUCGUUCCAUCCCAUGCCACUCUCAAUUCUCAUUCUGCCUCAAAUAAUAAGAGCAGAAACUUGCCAUCAUCACAUCCUCUCCAGCAGCUUGGCUUGCUACAACCCACACUAAUGUUUAAGAACAACAAAGAAGCCGCUCAAUGCGCUGAUCAACACGUCACGUCUGCCCUUUGCGAACAAGUUCUCGGAGUUCAAAGUCAAAGUCCUCUCUGGAACAAGUUCCGGAGAGGACUUCGACUGACGUGGAACAAGACUCGGAAAGAAUCUGACCAAAUACAAAAUUAAUCAAUUUUAUCUUGUCGCCUCACAUUAAUAACGCCAGUAGUUCACGUUUCAAAGGUGGGCAACGAACACUCCUCGAAGCAGACUAGGUGACAAAAUUUAUUAAAAUAUCUGCCAUUCCUUGUUUUCGCUCGGUAAUUUUCUCAAGCAGCUUGGAAGUAUCUUAAGAGGCCUGCUGAACAAUCAAAACGAAUAAAAAACGUUAGCAUGGUUUAGAAUAAUUAUGAUAUCGGCAAAACAAGCCAUGGGCUUGCUAUUACACUAAUCAGGAUGCACUUGUGCAUUAAACUACUCCCUGUCUAAGAUUCUGUCCUCACACACAAUGCCAAACGACUCUCGCGACAGACACCACGACAACACCCAAAAGCAACGGCAGAAUCCAGCGGAGAACUUAGUUUCACACCAUGGUUGGACGCUCGGCGAGAGAGUCUGCAACGUCACCAACCACUGCGACUCGCUAGCACCGCGCUGCGAUUGGCCAACACCAAGGUCGAGCACGGUGCUAGCCAAUCGCGGCGGUCGUCAAUCUCGUCGACUUUCUCAUCGAGUGUCGAACUUAGAGCCCCAGGAGUUAUCCCCAUCUUUUAAUGAAAGAUCAUCCUGCACCUGCCAUCUAACCAAAACAGAUUUCAGCUGUUAACCAAAUCGGAAACCAGAUAGCAGCCAAGCUACGCUUCCGACGAAGCCGCUGCUCGUUAACCUUUCGUUCGAGUGGCUUUGCCCAAAGUCCAGGCAAACGACGAGGAUAAAAGCUGGUGCUAACUAAUGUGCUGACCAGUGUGACGAACAGUGUAACUCGCAACGGGUGUUGCGACGGGUGUGGGAGUAAGCCAAGCUCCGAGAGACAAUGUACGUCGAUUGUUUGUUGGUUGAAUGACCACACGCUCUAGCGGACAAGCGCGGCUACCGUACUAAACGCAAGCGCUGUCUCAUAGCCAGACAGCGGAUUGAAGCCCGGCAGCUGUAGCCAAUCUUCGGGCGAACAGAACGUGAAUCUCCGGCGCGUUCGCGCGCCGCACUCUCACCAGUGGUCUCAAAGCUGAAGGAUUUCCGCGUGCGUGUCAUGUGUGUCCUGUGCCUCUGUUUGUACAUAAAAGUGGAAAGCUGAAGCUCUUGAAAAGGAUGAAAUUAACCGGUGCCAGGUUUGUUGGGUUCAGAGGUGCCCUGAAGCGCGAGUUGGGAGACGGCGCACGAAAGAGGCUGGCGAAGACGGCACACUUCCCUACACCCCCCCCAUAGAAUGCAGUGCAUCUGUGCUAACUUGACGAGCAGACGAGACAUGCAGACGUAAUGGUACGCUGUUCCGUUCUCCGAUUGCAAUAUUCGAGUGUCUUAAAUGCAAGUUAGUACUGCCUUUCUUUUCUUACUGUAGAGCAUCCAAAUGAAUCCUACUAUUCUUUCAAAAACAAGGAGCACAGUUUCUGAACCAUAACUAAAUUUAUCAAGUUGUCGCCGAUUAAACGCUGUUAAUACGAGGCUGCAAAACCAAACUCGUGGGGCAGAUCCAGAUCACACACACACAACAUUCGCCCUUUUCCGCUCACAUACUAAAAUUUCAAACUCAUUCUUCUGUGAGUGAGUCUAAGAGUCCUUUAGCAUAAUAGUAUAUGCAAACAACCUAAAAAAUAUGCAAUUGCUAAGACUAAUUGCUACUUCAGCUAGCGUUUGCAUGCAUCCCAAACCAUCAAUUUUGCAUCUUGCAACAGUAAAGGAUUCAAGUUAAAAGUCAAGCAUCCUGCUGAAUAGCGGCACAACUCCAAACAAGCUCUUGCACAAAUUUAAAAGGUAGCUGUGACAAAAUCAAGCUGAGACGCCUUGUUGAUCCAGACCAGUGUGCAUUCUAGCCAAAUCCGAAAGUUAAGGCAAAUGCCCGCACGCUUGGCGUUUCACAGCACGUGCAAGCAUGUUGUCGUGCUUCUCCGACUGUGGGUUAUUUGUUGUGGCACUCCAUUAAGAAUAGGACAAUCGCGACAAUAGUUUUGGAGUGGGCACCGGGGGGCUAGAGCCAUUAGCGAAGUACGGCAAGACAAAGAAAAGACAAAGAUUCAGUUUACGCCGUUGUACUGCGUUGUCGCUUUCCAGUGGGAAGGAGGUUAAAGAAAGUUGGAUGCCAGAACGGGUGAACGGGAAAAACUGAAAGUCAAAAAGGUAGCUUUCGCUCUGAUGAGAGUAAGGGAGAAAAAAAAAAAAAAAACAUGGUGCCUUGAAAAGGUUAAAGCAGGAAGUGGAUUUGUUAACGGAAUGGCACUGUGCUACAUUUGUGUAAAUAACGAGAAUAUUGAUGUUGUUGGAGCGGAUAUUUUACGACAUGCUGUAUACAUGGACGUUCAGUCAUAAUGAGUCUUUUAUAUAUUUUCUUUGCGUACAGAGAGAGAAAGAGAGGAAAAAAAUAACAUUUUUUGUAUCUCUAUAUUACAUUAUAUCUAUCUACAAUGAAUGUUCAUAAUGUAAAUACACUGUUUUGCGUAGUAUUCACGAAAACAGACAAAUUGCGUGUAAAUUAUGUAAAAAAAGAAAGGGAGACGAGCCGUAAAUUAUUACCGAGGAGGACGAGAAACCAAAAGAAUGAUGCUAAAGUAGAAGACAAAGCCCAGUGGUACUUUGAGUCAAUCCAGUCACAGCAGAGUUAUGUACUUAGACUUGUACAUAGUACUGUAUGUACUCAUCGCCGACUCCCUGCCCUGUACAUAUUAUCAAAGGUUAUAUGCAGUCCCAUGACACGUUUACCGGUUCAAGCAGCAAUCUAAACAACAGUCUCAGAAUUGUCUUAAUAAAAAAAUUUUAAAAUGCAUGCCAAAUAUAUGCAAUUUUUACAGUUUCAGUGCUCAAGCGUAGGUGGCGGCUUCAGGCCGAGAUCCUAGUUCAAACCCCAGGUGACUGCGUCCCAAACCUUCGAAAGAAAAAUCUUGGAAUCGAAACACGCUCAAUAUCCUGGCGACCGACCUAAAAAUUCUUCGCAUUCUCAUCAUACCGGCACUGUCUGGCAGCGUUUCUUUCGCCUAAAAUGGGCCAAACGAGUUGAAACGGAAACGAGACGUCUUGGAGGUCUCGCAACGGCCUUGCACAUCGUUUCUCGGCGCGGCUGGGAUCCUAGAAACAGCAGUCGCAAGGGGUUUGCGAACGAGGAACGGUCUGAUAAGUUUGGUUGACGAGUGCAUUAGGCCGGUUUAACCCUGGGCGCCUUAUUUCCAUGGGAAGAGAAGAAAAUGAAGCGACAAAAGGUCAAGGCAAAGCACGGCUUGGCCGCUGAACGCGCCAGCCAAGCAACUUGCCGGCAGCAGAUUUCGUGGAGGUGCCAUUGCACCUCCGCUCGAUGCAAGUGAAUACUACCACACAGUGCGUGGUGUGAAAGAAAGAGAAAAAAAAGGUUUUUGCAAGGUUGUUUUUGUUUGUGCGGUACGUUUGUAGAGCCGUUAUGCUUGAGCGUUUGUUGGUUACCCGUGUUCGUGGGACAAAGGCGGCGUUGUUUUGUUGUGCAUCUUUUCGUUUCACCGUGCUUGCUCGCUAGAUUUGCUCCCGCUGCUCUUUUUGCUCGAGAUGUCUGUUGUCUGCCCGCUGUGCCACAGGUCUGAGAGACCGCGGCGCGCUCCCGCCCUCCCUUUGGUGUGUGCAAAACUGCGUGUCAUACUCUUUCAAUGUCUUUGGAUCCAGACCAUAACAUGUGUGUAAACGACUGUACAUACUACGGACACCGUCAUGUUUAUUUGAUUUUGAUCAUCUGACCUUUUAAGACUCAGUGUUUAGAGUACACCACAUUUAUUUUGUUCUGAAAGUUUAAAUAAAUGUCUCCUUAGAUAUAUUUACAAAA